UUGUUUACUCGGAGAAACUUCAGACCGGACGUGUGCAGUCAGAGCAGGAACGCAUCGCGGGGCCAAAGCGAUAGGAAGCGGCGGCGGCGGCGGCGGCCUCGGCCUGUCCCGGCCCCGUCUCCGCCCUCCCGAGCAAAGUUGGGUGCGAAGCCGCCGUGUUCCGUAGAGCUGGGCAAACUUUAGAAAAUCAACUAAACAUGGGCAAAGGAGAUCCUAAGAAGCCGAGAGGCAAAAUGUCCUCAUAUGCAUUCUUUGUGCAAACUUGCCGGGAGGAACACAAGAAGAAGCACCCGGAUGCUUCUGUCAACUUCUCAGAGUUCUCGAAGAAGUGCUCAGAAAGGUGGAAGACCAUGUCUGCUAAAGAAAAGGGGAAAUUUGAAGACAUGGCAAAGGCUGACAAGGCUCGUUAUGAGAGAGAAAUGAAAACCUACAUCCCCCCCAAAGGGGAGACCAAAAAGAAGUUCAAGGACCCCAAUGCACCCAAGAGGCCUCCUUCGGCCUUCUUCUUGUUCUGUUCUGAGUAUCGCCCCAAAAUCAAAGGAGAGCACCCCGGCUUGUCCAUCGGGGACGUGGCGAAGAAGCUGGGGGAGAUGUGGAACAACACCGCUGCGGACGACAAGCAGCCCUACGAGAAGAAGGCUGCCAAGCUGAAGGAGAAGUACGAGAAGGAUAUUGCUGCCUACAGAGCUAAAGGAAAACCCGAUGCGGCCAAGAAGGGGGUUGUCAAGGCUGAAAAGAGCAAGAAAAAGAAGGAAGAAGAAGAUGAGGAGGAGGAUGAAGAGGAUGAGGAAGAAGAGGAAGAAGAGGAAGACGAAGAUGAAGAAGAAGAUGAUGAUGAUGAAUAAGUUGGUUCUAGCGCAGUUUUUUUUUCUUGUCUAUAAAGCAUUUAACCCCCCUGUACACAACUCACUCCUUUUAAAGAAAAAAAUUGAAAUGUAAGGCUGUGUAAGAUUUGUUUUUAAACUGUACAGUGUCUUUUUUUGUAUAGUUAACACACUACCGAAUGUGUCUUUAGAUAGCCCUGUCCUGGUGGUAUUCUCAAUAGCCACUAACCUUGCCUGGUACAGUCUGGGGGUUGUAAAUUGGCAUGGAAAUUUAAAGCAGGUUCUUGUUGGUGCACAGCACAAAUUAGUUAUAUAUGGGGACGGUAGGUUUUUUUUGUUUGUUUUUAUUUUUUUUUUUUGUUUUUUUUUUUCAUCUUCAGUUGUCUCUGAUGCAGCUUAUUACGAAGAUAAUUGUUGUUCUGUUAACUGAAUACCACUCUGUAAUUGCAAAAAAAAAUUGCAGCUGUUUUGUUGACAUUCUGAAUGCUUCUAAGUAAAUACAAUUUUUUUUAUUAGUAUUGUUGUCCUUUUCAUAGGUCUGAAAUUUUUCUUCUCAAGGGGAAGCUAGUCUUUUGCUUUUGCCCAUUUUGGGUCACAUGAAUUAUUGCAGUGUUUUCUUUUCAUAUAGUUAGCUGGAUAAAAAAAGCUUUUAUCUACACACCCUGCAUAUUGUGAUGGGGGUAUCAUUUUCAUCCAUAGUUGAAACUCCAAAGUCGUGAUCAGUUGGAUAAGAGAUAGUACAUGACCUACAUGCAAAGCUGAGAAUGAUCAAUGAUCGAUUCUAUCACACGGUGUGGGAUUAUUAGAAUCAAACCAUCUGAAAGUCUGUCCUUGAAGGACUAAUAGAAGAGUACGUUCUAUUCUAAUCACAAGGACUCUUAACUUCCAUUACUAUGUAAUGGCAGUGACAUUCUGCAGUUCCCUGUUUAAGACCUGAGAAUGUAUCCCCAAAAGCGUGAGCUUAAAAUACAAGGCUGCCAUGUUAAACUUGUGUUUACAUGAGUUGUGAUGAGGACGCUGGCUGUAAUUCAUGCCUUUGCCCAUCUAUCUAAGGAUUGCUCAGGAAACUUGACUGUUCAAAAAGUAUUUUUAAUUAGUUGAGCCAGCUUUUCUUAAAAUUAUGCCACAUUUAAAAUUAAAGUAAGGGUAUAUUUUCCUAUAUUGUGAUUUGUUCCUUGAUAAAUCAGACACAAGAAGACGAUAAACUUUGCACAUUAGUACCAGUUGUCCAAUCCAUUUGAUUUUUCUUUAUAAAACCCAAACUCAUUCAUUAGUCAUGUUUAAUCUUCUUAGCAGUUAGGGAACAAUUUGGCAAUUUUGUGGUUUUUUGAGAUUAUCAUUCUCUUAAAGUGCCAGUGUUUUAAAAUAGCGUUCUUGUAAUUUUAUGCGCUUUUGUGAUGGAGUGCUGUUUGUUAACAUAAUUUUGACUUGGGUUCUUUACGUUUGCGUUUGUUUAUGUAAUUUGAGGAGGAAUACUGAACAUGAGUCCUGGAUGAUACUAAUAAACUAAUAAUUGCAGAGGUUUUAAAUAUUAAA